UUAUAGCCUCGCGUAACCAGCAAUCUUAUUAUGAGAUUUAACUUUGCCCCAACUGGACUCGUGGAUGAGCGGUGCUCCGGCUCCGCUCCGUAACCCAACAAAUAAAUCACUGGAAACAGUUAUAACUUGCUCUGAGACAGGCAUUGCUGUCGUGUAGCGUUUAAAGGGAACUUCAGCCAUGUGCUUUGUCUGUGCGGAAUACAUAAAGGCUCUGCCUUGAAUUAAUCACUCGCUCUUUAAUGGAUCUUUGAGGAUCGCACUUGACGCAGUGAGGAGCUGCAGCUCUUUGUAUUCCGAGGCCAAGAGGAACCUUGUGUUUUUCCCCCGUCCGAUAUCUACUGCCUCUUACAAAAUGUCAAGGGGUUCAUGGUGACAUAGGGACCCCGCUUUUGGUUACGGAGAGACUACGGGGCUCUUGCUUCGCGGCGCGAAAGAGAGACAGGCCAGAUACUGAUGGUGGAUCUCAGACAUGUGUGUGAUCACUGGACAGUUUGACCCGAUCAGUCGGGGGUGCACCUCUGGGCCCAUAAAUGAGACUAAAAUGGUGGAUGAGAAGACGAGACAAGAGGAUGAAAGCCAUCAACAAUGCUGUACUCUCGGGAAAUAAGCACAGGCCAUUUUGACUUGGUGAAACACUAAGACCCAGCACUACCACUCCACUAUAGUGAAAAUCUCUCCAUUGGAGACCCAACCUGUAAAUGCAUAAGCUAUGAUCUUUAAUAAAAGGCUUGACAUUUCAGUACAAAAACCCUCAACUCAUGUGAAAUAAUUAUCUCGACCAGACACUGGACUUUUCCGUCCCUUGGCUGAAUCAAGGGAUAGGGUUUUUUACCCUGCCAGAAUACUGUGAGGUUCCAUCCAGCCUAUUAAAACUCAAGUGGUACCCCAAGCUGGUAUUGCUCAUGGCUUCCAGGAGGGCUUCAGGAGCUUUUUAUGGAGGCAUGUUGAAGAGUGCCUUCUUCUGGUCUGUGGCAUUAAUCUAUCUGACUCACAUAGCUGGAGUAAGGGGGGAUUGCUGGCUUAUAGAAGGAGAAAAGGGAUUUGUAUGGUUGGCUAUUUGCAGCCAAAACCAGCCACCUUAUGAAGCUAUCCCUCAGCACAUCAACAGCACCAUAGUGGACCUUCGUUUGAAUGAGAACAAGAUCAAAAGCAUCCACUACUCUGCCCUUAGCCGCUUUACCAACCUAACAUAUCUGAAUCUGACAAAGAAUGAGAUUAAUUAUAUUGAAGAUGGGGCUUUUUCAGCCCAGUUCAAUCUACAGGUUCUCCAGUUGGGCUUUAAUAAACUGCGGAAUUUAACAGAAGGGAUUCUCAGGGGUUUGGGCAAGCUGCAGUACCUCUACCUCCAGGCCAACCUGAUUGAGACUGUGACACCCAAUGCCUUUUGGGAGUGCCCAAAUAUAGAAAACAUUGACCUUUCCAUGAAUCGCAUCCAGGUGCUAGAUGGGUCAACAUUCACUAGCUUGACUAAGCUGACCACCUGUGAGCUCUACACCAAUCCUUUCCAUUGUUCCUGUGAGCUCUUGGGGUUCGUCAAGUGGCUCUCAGUCUUUCCCAACAGAACGAGUGAACGGAUGGUGUGCGAUUCACCUGUCGCAGUCUCUGGCUACAGUCUCCUAAGCCAGAACCCAAACAAUCCAACGUAUCGUAAUGCUCUGCAUAUGCUGUCCACUGUGUGCACGGAAGACUAUGUGACUACAUACAUCCCUGUGCCUCCUGAGACCACUACUUUCCCUCCAGACUCAACACCGUGUGGGCUGGAAGACUGUCCAUCUGGGACCGAGCCUGAGGAAAUCAGCAUCAGUCCCACUUACAUAGACUUAGAUGUGAAACCAAUCAUGAAACUUAAGCAGGUGACUCACACAAAUGCAGUAAUCACUGUUCAGAUUCCUUACCCCUACAAGAAAAUGUACAUCCUUGUACUGUACAACAACAGCUUCUUCACUGAUAUACAAAAUCUCAAACGGCAAAAGGAAGAUAUUGAACUGAGAAACCUGAAACCCCACACCGACUACACCUACUGUGUGGCUUCCAUAAGAAACUCCUUGCGUUUUAAUCACACCUGUUUGACUCUAUCCACAGGGCCUAGAAAUGGAAAAGAGAGAGUAGUUAGCAAUGCAACAGCCACUCACUACAUAAUGACUAUCUUAGGAUGUCUGUUCAGUAUGGUAAUCGUUUUAGGCAUUGUCUAUUAUUGCUUACGGAAAAAGAGACAGCAAGACGAAAAGCACAAAAAGGCAGGCAGUUUGAAGAAAAACAUCAUUGAGCUUAAAUACGGUGGGGAACUGGAAGGUGGGACAAUUUCCAGGAUGUCCCAAAAGCAAAUGAUGGCUGGGGAGAGCAUGACCCGAAUGCCCUAUCUACCCUCAGGCAGCGACAUGGAGCAAUACAAAUUGCAAGAUAUAACUAACACGCCAAAAAUGGCCAAAGGGAAUUACAUGGAAGUGAGGACAGGGGAGCAUCCAGAUCGAAGGGAAUGCGAGAUGUCAAUGCCUAGCAACAGCCAAGGCUCUGUUGCAGAGAUCUCAACAAUUGCAAAGGAGGUGGACAAGGUCAACCAGAUCAUUAACAAUUGUAUAGAUGCUCUAAAAUCUGAGUCCACGUCCUUCCAAGGGGUGAAAUCUGGUGCGGUGUCAACAGCAGAACCUCAGUUGGUCCUUAUUUCAGAGCAGCCUCAAAGCAAGUCUGGAUUCCUUUCACCUGUCUACAAGGACAGCUACCACCACUCUUUACAAAGACAUCACAUAUCAGAUGCCUCUCCAAAGCGCCCGAGUACAGCCACCGGUGGUCCCAUUCGGAGCCCAAGGCCUUAUCGCUCAGAGUCUAAGUACAUCGAGAAAACUUCACCCACUGGGGAGACCAUUCUGACUAUCACACCCGCAGCUGCAAUACUAAGGGCAGAAGCAGAGAAGAUUCGCCAGUAUAGCGAGCAUCGACAUUCCUACCCUGAUUCCCACCAAAUCGAAGAGCUGGAAGGACCAGACAGCCGGAAAACCUCCAUCUUGGAGCCCCUGACAAGGCCUCGGCCCAGAGACUUGGCUUACUCACAGCUUUCUCCCCAGUACCACAAUCUCAGUUACUCGUCUAGUCCUGAGUACUAUUGCAAACCGUCGCACAGCAUCUGGGAGCGCUUUAAACUCCAUCGCAAGCGCCACAAAGAUGAGGAGUAUAUGGCCGCAGGCCACGCCCUGAGGAAGAAAGUGCAGUUUGCUAAGGAUGAAGACCUGCAUGACAUUCUAGAUUACUGGAAGGGAGUGUCAGCUCAACAAAAAUCUUAAUUCGGUUUUUGUCUGUGUCUUUUCACUUUUGAUGGACUACAAAGAACAGGACAGAAAUGAAUCCUAAUAAUCUAGUGAAAUGUGGAUAAAAAAUUACAAUUUAGUGAAAAAGGUUUGUGUACCAAAAGAUGCUACUUAAAGCAACAAGAGGAGAAUAU